AGUCGUGUAUUGCGACAUCCACGAAAAUAGUAUUAUCGACCACACGUCGCUAUAACGUCGUAUUAAUGACCUAUUAUUAAUUAAUUUAUGUGCUUUACUAUUAUUGGCAGCGGCUAGAUACAUUUUUAUUGAUAGUGAGUUUGGUUAAUAUGUCCAAUUUAAAAAAAAAAUCAAAGGUCAAUAAGCACAUAGUGACGUCCACUGGACUAUCGUUGCAAGGCUCUCAAAUUAAUCUCUCAACACGCUUAUCGAAUUUGAACAUAUCAAAUCCUUUGCAUUAUUUGUAUAAUGAAAACGUUGAUUCGCCAUCGCGCGGAAGACCGAUGUCUGCACUUACACUGAGUGCUACAAAUCAGGAUUCACCACGAAGGUCAAGGUUAGUAAAACGUCCACAGUCUGCAGAUACAAUAAAUAAGAUUAACAAAAGUCGACACAUUUCAUUUGAUUUCAAUGAUCAACAGACCGACACGAAUGUCGGAAAUCGCGCAGACCGGUCGGAGAACGCUUUUGACGAAUCGGACGGUGCCGAAAUGUCGUCAUCGAGCGACGGUCGUUCGACCCCCGUUCCUCCAAACGACGGCAGCGUGGGUGGUGGUGGUGGCGACGACGGCGAUGGACAACCGGCGCUCGAACCAGGGUUGACUUCUAAGCCACCCAUACCACCUGGAGGUGGGGACGCGCGCGUACCGGAAACGUUCGGCCACGUGGCCAACGUUUCCGCGGCGACGUUCGACGACGCGGUGGAGCUCAAGUUCCAGCGCUGGUUUCCGAACUCGGUACCUAUUCUGGUUCCCGUACCGACGCCCGUCACGGACGUAUACGUGGAAAACGGGGUCAGCGUCCAGGAGGACCGGGCCGUGGCGCACGCGAAGAGUGGUCGCGGUCAGCUGGACGAAGAACACCUUUACUCGAACUUGAGCGCGGCCAUCGGUGGCGCGAGCGACAGAUUCGGUGGCUCGGUGUCCGUCGAUCUGUCUGGAGCGCUUCGGGGCGCCAACGUGGAUGGCGGCGAACGAAGCCGAACGCGGUCCACCGUAAAGCCGAAGAGCAAGUUAAAGAAGAAGAUCGCGCCGGUGGCGGCGGCGGUGGUCAGCCAUAGACCUAAAAACACGAGGGAUGCGGUAAAAUCGAAGUCGAUCGCGGCCGCGGCCGUACAGCCGGUCGAAGCGGUGCCGGCGCGGAACGAGCAACUUCCGGAAAGACAGCCGGAAACGAAGAGAGAGCGUCCGAAGAACGCCGAUCGUUCGCCGGUACAGGAUUACGUGAGGGAAGACGUGGUCUCGUGGAUGUCCAGUCACCUGCAGAGACCGUCCACACCCGACUUCAACGGCGGUACACUCGACGCGUUUUCCGAAGAAAAACACAAGACGUCAACGUACGACGAGAUCGUUAAUAUUCUUAAAGAACUCGAGUCCGAAAAUAACGAUAUCGGUAACAUGAAUGUCAGGAAAAGUGAUGUUACAGAUAAUAAUAAACAUCAAACAUUAGUACCAGAAUCUUCGUCUAGUUCAAAGGCAUUAUGGUCAUUUCUGGAUGAGGUAGAGAAAAAUUCAAAUUGUCCAUCUACUCUCAAAUCACCUAAACACAAAUCACCUGUUAACCUGCCAAACACACCACCACCAUCGCCAGGUAAAAGAGUUAUAGAUGUAAAAAAGGGAAACCUUCAACAAGUUAUGGAUCUCGACAAAGCAGAAUUGGCUCAAAAAGUAGCAAUGCUACAAAUUCAAUUAUCAGAAAAAGAAGACAUAACUGAAAAAUUGAAAAUUAAUAUAGCUGAACUACAAGCGGAGCACGCUAAAACUAAAUCUGAAUAUGAAUCCACUGUAAUGAGACACCAAAAAUUUAUCGAUAAAUUAUUGAACGAGAAAAAACAACUUAGUGAAAGUUGUUCUUUGACUGUAAAGGAACUGACCAAAAAAAUGAACGAUGCACUAUCGAGCCAAGAAGAGCGACAUAAAGUUGAAUUGAAAAAAGCUAUCGAUAAACAGACAGCAUCUGAGAAAAUAAAAAAAGAUCGAUGGGUUGAUCUUAAGACAAAAAAAAUUAAAGAGAUGACGAUUAAAGGCAUUGAACCUGAACUUAAUAGGAUGUCCAUAGCGUAUCAAGAAGAAUUGUCAGAACUUCGAAGAAUUCAUCAAUCACAAAUUGAAGAAAUCGAAGCAACAUGGCAUCGGAGAAUGGCUACUAUGAGGGAUAAAAUGGACGCAGAACGAGAACAAGCAAUCGUGACAGAAAGAGAAAAUUCAAGAAAUCGCUUGGAAAUGGAAAUUGCUGAGCUUGAAAAGAGUUAUCAAGAUCAACGAAAACGACUAUUAAGCGAAAUUCACGGGGAAAGAUUACGUCAAGAAAGAGAAAAUGAAGUGACACUCAUGGAAAAACAAAAAGCCCUCGAACAAAAGUUUGAGAAAUUAGUAUUAGAUAUCCAGGAAAAAAUUAAUAAAAAGGAGCAAGAGUUCCAGAACGAGUUGAAAAUAAUUCGAGAAAAUUGUGAAACAGAAAAGACUAAAUGGAUACAACAUCAAACAGCUGUAUUAGCAGAUAAAGAAAGUAAUAUCAAAGAAAUGUGCAAAAAAGAACGAGACAAACAUAUUGAAUUGGUUGUUCAAAAAUUAGAGAACGAAGCUUCUGAAAGAGAAAAAAGUUCAGAAAUGAAAAUUAAACGAAUAAAAUCUGAGUACGAGGCUGACAUUCGUGAACUAGAAAAUACCAUAUCUGGUCAUCGUAUGAAAUUAAACGAAGCUCGUACCAAAGCACAAGAGUACGAAGAUAAAAUAGCAGAUCUCACUAGUGAAUUGAAUAAGUGUAAUGUUGAACAAAUACGAUUACAGGAGUUGGUCUCCAAACUAAAAAAUGACCUUGCUGAAAAAGAAAAUACUAUAAAAAACGAAGCUGUCACUAAGAUUGGAAUAUUACAAACAGAAUUAGUUCAAUCAAAAUUGAGUUUCGAAACUAAAAUAAAAACUAUCGAAAAUGAAAAAGAAAGAGAAAUAAAUCACGUUUACGUUAGGGUAAAAGAAGCAAUUAAACGAAAAGAUGAAACAAUUCAGACAUUAAAAAGUGAACGAAAUGCUGCCUUGGAUCAGUGCAGUAACAUGGAAAGACUUUUGGAUCGACAGAGAAAAGAACUUUUGAAGCUCAAAUAAUUUAAUUAUUACUUACAAUGAACAAACUUCUCAUUUUUUUUUUUUUUUUUAAUA